AUGGCAGCCGAAAAGAAACCCGCCGUAGCUACCGAGCUGGCAGGGUAUACCUCAACUUCCGAAGCGCUCCCCUACGCCAUCUCACCCAAAAGACUGCUAUGGAACGACUUCUGGACGCUCCUCGAGAAUGCCACCUAUCUCCCCGGUAUCAUCUUCCCUGUGUGGGCUGGCCGUCACGAACCUUUGAAUGAGCUCUCCUCUACGUGGUGCAAUGCGCGCAGCCUCGCAUUCCACUUCAUCCUCAUUGUGUUCCAACUGGGGUUCAUCUGCUCCAUACCGCUUUUUCUGUUUCUACCAACGACUACGUCGCUCGCGUAUAUCCUGAGUUUCAUUGCUUUGAAUGAGCUUGCUGUGAGGUCCUUCAAUGGCCCGAAGGAUAAAGAGUUUGUCAAGAUUCCUAAUGGCGGAAUACCUAUCGCUCCCGGCACGGAAACAGAGAGAUGGGUGUUUGUGAAUGGGGUUGCUGUCGGGGAUCACUGGCUUCAGAAUAACUUGCAAAGACUGGCCAACACUUUCCGGCGGAGGAUUAUCGGAGUGCAUAACCCAACACUCGGCAUCAUCUUCGACGUUGUCCAAUGUCUCAUCGAACGUGACUUCAACUACACCGUCCCCGACAUCCGCCAAGGAUUCGCCUACGUCAAGCAACAACUCAUGCAAGACGACGAGGUCGUGUCGAAAGUGAUCUUGAUUCUGCACAGCCAAGGCGGCAUCGAAGGCGGCAUGAUCGUCGACUGGCUCCUAGCCGAUAUGCCACAGCAAAAGUUGGCCAAACUGGAAAUCUACACCUUCGGCAAUGCCGCGAAUCAUUUCAACAACCCCAUGGCCAAAGACGGCAAACAUUUCCUCGCGGGGCGGAAUUACUUCCGCUCCAUUGGCCAUAUUGAACACUACGCUAAUGUGGGAGACUUUGUUGCACGGUUCGGGGUGCUGAACUUCACGACCAAGGACAAGCAACUCGGCAGCAACGACGACGACGAGAAGUCAGAGAACCGGUUUGUGGGGACCGUAUUUAAGAGGUAUGGGACUGGGCAUAUGUUAAACCAGCAUUACCUCGAGAAUAUGUUCACCAUGAAGGGGAAUGAGGUGUUGGAGAGUAAUCCAUUCAUGGACUCGCCGGUGGUAGUUGAUGAAGAAUAUCUCAACAAUAAUCCAAAGCAUCGUGAGCGACUGCAGAAUGGAGGGGAGCUGACUGUCAAGUCAAUGAGCCGGCUUUGGUUGUAUAGAAACGGCGGGACCCCGAAGGAAUACUGA